AUGCAUGUUUCUUCAGUAAUUUUCCUCAUCCUCUCCACGACCUUUCCUAUCUCAGAAGCGGAUUUUGACAUACCUUUGGUCCUUGACUUUGAUGGAGUCCCAGAAUGCAUUCAAGCUUGUCUUUCGGAUCUUUUCUACAGCGUUUCCGAUCUUGUUCGCCCGGAAAAUCCUGUUCGGAGAUUUCACGACUUCUGCAGGAACUACAAUAACGCAUCAUUAUGUGUAGAAAAUCACAAGGAGAAAUGUUCGCAAACGACUGUCUUCAAUAUUGCACUUAGUGGAAUUGAUGAACUUUGCCACGAAAAGGAACAAGAUGUGUUGCAACACCGGGAAUGUCUUGAAUCGCAUUCAGGAACAGUGUUGAAUGGUUGUGACAGCGUAUGUCAUUUUACCGAUUUCAUGAUAAUGUUAUCUGGUAAAGGCGAUGCUCAAAGACUUAAAAAAUUGGAAGCGGAUAAAGAAGCUUUGCAGAAAGAAACGGGCUCCGCUUGCACUGCAUUUGGGUGCAUGUCGUCAUGUGUUGCUCGUGAAUUCAACAUGAAUUGCUCUCCACUUGGAAGUAUAAUUGUGGAGGCUUUAACGAAACCAUUCUUCACAAUUGCUACAAUUUUCGAGGAGAUUGGACCACGUGCGAAAAUUUCAAUCUAUCGACAAGUCCCACCACAGUGCUACUACCUUGUGAACUAUGAAGAGAUUCGAGGACUUUCUGCGGGCAAAGCUCCCAAUAAGGUGUUGUUUAAAAAUCCAGAGGAGGCUAUUCUGAACGAAAUAACCACGAGAGAGGAGAUGAAGAGUAGGAAGAAGGCGGAGCUUGAAAAACAAUUUUUAAUGGAAGCUCAAAUGGGGAUGUAA